CGGGUUUUAAACGGCCGGCGAGUGGGCAGCCGGUCGUGUCUCCACCAUGGACCUUCGCCGCUCCCUCCUCCUGCUACUGCUCGGCCUCACCUGCCACCUCGCCGCCGCCUCCGGCAGCUUCUUCCUCCACCCGCAGCCGCCCCUGCCCCUCUUCGAGAGGAGCGAGACCGAGGAGCCACCGCCGGCCCUGCCCGAGCUGGACGGCUGCCAGCGGGCGGUGUUGGGCGAGUUGACGCUGUCCUGCAGUGAUCUUUCGGAAGAGCACCUUUCCAAGCUUGGGAUGGCCUUGUUCAACUGCCGAGCAGCUGCUGAGCACCGUCCAACCUACCCCUGCACUCCGGGCAUGGCACUGUCUGAUUGUACGCAGGGCAUGGAUGCCGCCACGCGUAAAGCCUACCACAUGGUGAGAAACCAUGCCCGCGCUCUGUGCCAUGCCGACCGGCAGCAACACCUCAGGCCACGCGCCGAGACCACCGCCAACUGCUCAGCACACGCACCCUCCUGUCUGUUGGAAGUCAUGAACAUCCUGAAGGAUGGGCAAGCGGAGCUGAGAGAGCUGACUGCUGCUUCACUGGAGAAGCUGGUUAACAGCCAGAAGUUGCUGCUACAGCAGCAAGAACAGCUCGAGGCUUGGCGGCAGGAUGUGGAGUCCUCCAUCAAUGCAAACCUGGAGAAGCUGGCCCAAGGAAGGGCGGUCCCUACUGGUGGGCACCAGCUGAUUGCCGAGCUGAUUGAGGGCAUCACACUAACCGUGGACAAUGUGAGUGAACAAUUGGUCCACCAGGACCUGCAGCUGCACCAAGGCCAGCAGACAAUUCUAGCCCACCUCUUGGAAGUCGGAGCACGCCUUCAUCAGCUCGAUACCAAGCUGGAGUGGAAGCUGGCCUUGUUUGCUGCCCAUCAGUCCCAGACGGCCGUCCACCACGAGCAGUUGGAGAAGCUGCAGAAGAUGAACGAUACAGUUGGGACAGUGAGGCAUGUGCUCGGACACUUGGAGCAAGGAGAGAGCCUGAGAAUGAACACACUGCAGCACUUCCUCAACUGGACCGGGAGAGACCUGCAUGUGAUGUACACGUGUGUUGUACACACCAGCUGUUUCCUGGCUGCUGCCGUGAUCAUGACCUUUCUACAAACACCAGGCUUCUCCAGAGCAGUCUUGUUGGUGCUGGUCCUGCUAAACGCCCUGUCCCAGCUCAACCAUUGUGCCUCCUUGGACUUGACGAGCCUCAGUGCCUUUCUGACUCUGACUGUGGUUGGUAACUGGAUGCUGAUUAAUUGCUUUGGCUGCCGAAUGAGGACAUCUGUGUGGACUCCUGUUCUCCUGCGUUCCCAGAGGCCAGGGUUCUUCACCUCCACCCCAGAACGAAAGUGUGCAUAUUCUGAAUGGGUAGAAGAACGUGAGAAAAUGGAUCACGACAGCUUGCAAGGCAAGGGGUCGCCGCACGGAACUGCAGGUGCUGGUUUGCAAAAUGAAGACACAAAGUGCUGGAGUAACUCGGCAGGAAACUAUGCUUUGGAAAACGCGUGUUUUAUCAGAGGUAGCCCGCUAACACCAGCUCCUGUCGAGACCGUGCAGCCCACCACAAAUCCAGUGGCGUAUUCCUUCAAAGUUCCUGCACCUCUAAUGGCCCUCUUACCUCUGAAAAAUCCACCGCCAUUGCCCAACUGUGCUCAAUGGGAAGCUGCUGAGAAAAACAGUGCGGGAGAAAUCCAUCGCCUCCAACAUCAUACCAGCGUGUUUGAAGCUGAGACCUUUCUUCUUCACGAUUCUGCUGGCAGCACUAGCUCCCUGUCCCGGAGGCUGCCCUGCUGUGGCAUUACCAGGACUGGCCAGCAGUGCCGGAACAAAGCUGCUUCCGGACGGGAAUUCUGCAGAGUCCACGGCUCGGAGCAGACUCUGGCGUGCAGGUAAAUACGCCUCCACCCGAACCACUGCACCACCUCCAGCUGCUGACUCUCCAUCUCGUGCUUGGAAGCUGUGCGAUGAGUGGAAUAACUGUGUGCUGGGGCAGGUUACCUGGUGCCUGGAUUGCAUCAUUCACAGACCCCUGUUCCUCUGCAACCAAGCGCAGUAAAGCCAAAGUCAUCAGAUUCCAGCGGCAGAACUGAUCUUACCUGAUGGAAAUGGAGCUACUUUCCUGUAAUUGCUGCUGGGAUAGUGGAACAUCAGCCCAAUUUGUAUGUUCAUUUGAGUGACUAUUUUAAUUGCACUUUUGACACAUUGAUUGUAUCCAGAAUGCUAAAAGGACACAUUUCUGGAGUAACUCAGCGGGUCAGGCAGCAUCCCUGGCGAACAAGGACAGGUGACGUUUCGGAUUGGGACCCUUCUUCAGACCCGACCCGAAACGUCACCUAUCCAUGUUCUCCACAGAUGCUGCCUGACCCGCUGAGUUACUCCAGCACUCUGUGUAAACCAGCAUCCGCAGUCCCUUGACUCUACAUCAAGAAUGCUGUUUGUCCUUUUCAAUGCCUCCAUGUCGGCAUUGUCUAAUGUAUUGUGAAGUCCCAUUUUCUCAUUUUCUCAUUAGUCUAUGGGACCCAGCUUAUUGGACCUGGCUCUGUGUAACAGACUUAGCGGAGCUUUCAAUGUAUGGAUUUUGUAUUUUAGAAACUUCUGCAUAACUGAUCAAUGUUGGUUCUAAUGCACCUAGCCACACGGCUUCACACACCUUUGAGCAUUUGGCUGGGACUUAAAACUCUAGGUGUGAGUUGAGAUUGCUUGGGCAUUAAGUAACAGUUUCCUAGUUAGACACAAAGCUGGAGUAACUCAGCGGGACAUCAGCAUCUCUGGAGAGAAGGAAUGGGUGAUGUUUCAGGUCGAGACCCUUCUUCAGACUGGUCUAAACCUAGUUUCAGCUUGUGGUGAAACUGUCUCAGCCAUGAUUCUAAUCUUGUAAUUUUUUAAGUAUUUAAUAAAUGUAUAUAGGUUUUCUUAAACAAA